GUCGAUAGAACUGAGAAUCAUAGGAUCUUACCGAUCUCGAUGUCUUCCCUCCCGCCGGCGACUUUGCCUCCGAAGAAAGAGAAAAUGGCGUAAAAUCUAUCUGAUUGUAUAAAGUGAAAUUUCAGUUUGUUUCUGUAAAUUGCGCGUGAGCCGGCAAGAUGUUAUCCACAAUUCAUUCCGGUCUCAAUUGUGCUUUCACCUUUCCUUCAUUCCCUACUCAGAAAACCAUUAUUAAGUCCCCUGCGACUUCCGUUGUCUUCAAGUCUAAAGCAAAUUCGAUACUCCUAUCGACCAUUUCUAAUGAGAGAAUCAUACCCACUUCCAGAACUCAAAGAUUAAACGUAUCGGCAGUCCCAGAAGCCGUCACCGUUGAAACAACCACGGAAACAGAAACUUCGUCCUCUGAAACUCCAAAGGAAACUGAGAAAGCUGAGGUGACGGUGAAGCAAGUGCGGAAGCCGAGGCUGGUACUGAAGUUCAUAUGGAUGGAGAAGAACAUCGGGCUUGGUCUGGAUCAAGUGAUUCCUGGGCACGGCACGGUUCCUUUGAGUCCUUACUUCUUUUGGCCGAGAAAAGAUGCAUGGGAAGAACUCAAGGCCACUCUAGAAAGCAAACCAUGGAUAUCCCAGAAGAAAAUGAUUAUCCUUCUCAAUCAGGCCACUGAUAUCAUCAAUCUGUGGCAGCAAAGUGGCGGCAAUCUCACCUAAACUCACAAUUUCAGUAUUUUAAUACGUAGUUGAAUUUUGGAAUUAAUAUUCUUUGAAUCUGGUUUGUAUUUUCAUUUUAACCACCUAAACUCACAUUGUUGUAAUUUGCAAUCCUUGUCAUGUAAUAUCGUAUCUGAGCUGAGCAUUUAC